UUCCCGCUUUUCAGCCGCUGGUGGAUCCGGGUCACGUCCCAGCGCAUCUUCACCUGGCUGCUGGGGCUUUACCUCCUGCAAGUGGUUGCAGUUGUGUUAUAUUUCCUGGUACCUGUUGUGAGUGCAAGUGAAAUCAUUGGACCAAUGUGCCUUAUGCUACUGAUGGGAACUGUUCACUGUCAGAUAGUGUCCACCCAGGUAAACAAGCCCUCAGGGAACAGCAGCAGCAGGAGGAGGAGGAGAAAAUUACGGAAAUCUGCCAGUGGGGAUGGGUGCAGAGACACUGGCAGUUUGUCGUCUUCUGAUAAAGCUAGUAAAGGAGAAGAGCAAUCAGAACUUCUGUCCCUCGUCAACAGUUUGCUUGGCCUGGUCUUCCGAAGGAGAUUCAGGAGGGUGAAACUGGUAGCUGAAAAAGGGACGGAAACAGAAAAUGGUGCAAGUUCUGUGAACCGGGGCGUUAAACACAGACAGUCCAGAUCUGAAUAUCGACUACUACACUUGAAAGACAGAGAGAAACUUGCAGAUGGGGGAAAGAAUCAUCAGGAGGGCUCCAUGCACACGGGUGGCAUUUCUGAUGAGCUGUCAAGUGACGAGGAUGCUGAAGCUGUGGCACAGAGGAUUUUGUUACGCAGAAGCGUAGAAGGGGCCUCCAGUGACAAUAGCUAUGAGGACAAGAACAGGAAUCCUCUCAUUUCCCCAAACCAGCCUGUGUUCCAGGUUAAGCAAGCUGGUAAAGGUACCAGAGAUUCUGACAGCCUGGUAGAAUCCGAACUCGAAUCGACAGCCUUUAGUCAGGAAUCCAGGUCUUGUUUUAGUGCUGGGUCCCGGAGCUGCAGCAUCUCCCGGAGGGACUCGGAGAGCACCCGCCACGAUUCAGAGACGGAGGACAUGCUUUGGGAUGACCUGCUCCAUGGGCCAGAGUGCCGCUCCUCCUAUACCAGUGACAGCGAAGAAGCUAACAUGAGAGGAAGUAAACGGGAUCUGAAAGAGGAUGUUUUCCAGCAGAACCAUUUGUUCUGGCUACAGAAUACCAGCCCUGCAUCUGCAAGAGUGAGUGCCCUAAUCUGGGAAGGGAAUGAGUGCAAGAAGCUGGACAUGUCUGUACUGGAGAUCAGUGGCAUUAUCAUGAGCAGGGUUAAUGCCUAUCAGCAGGGAGUGGGCUACCAGAUGCUGGGCAACACCAUCACUAUCGGGCUGGCGUUUCUUCCCUUCCUCUACCGGCUCUUCCAUACCAAGAACCUGGAGCAGCUAUGGUCCAUUUCUGUGAAGGACCUGCUGCAUGUCUUCUGUGGGGCACCUACCAUUACCCCUGUCAUCAUCCUGGCUGUGAUUAACUUCCUUGAGCGGCUGUGCCUAACAUGGAUGUUCUUCUUCAUGAUGUGCGUUGCUGAGAGAACCUACAAACAGCGUCUUUUGUUUGCCAAGCUUUUUAGCCACAUCACAUCUGCUCGGAAAGCCAGGAAGUAUGAAAUCCCUCACUUCAGACUCAAGAAAGUGGAAAAUAUUAAAAUAUGGUUAUCCCUUCGCUCCUAUCUGAAGAGGCGAGGGCCCCAGCGAUCUGUGGAUGUAGUUGUAUCUUCCAUCUUUUUACUGGCUCUGUCAAUUGCUUUUAUAUGCUGUGCACAGGUGCUAAAAGGUCACAAAACAUUCCUGAACGCUGCUUACAACUGGGAGUUUCUGAUCUGGGAAGCAGCCCUCCUCCUCUUUUUACUGCGCCUGGCGUCCCUGGGCUCCGAGACCAACAAGAAGUACAGCAAUAUCUCAAUCCUGCUAACGGAGCAGAUAAACCUGUAUUUGAAGAUGGAAAAGAAGCCAAACAAGAAGGAGCAGCUCUCACUGGUGAACAACGUGCUAAAGCUGUCUACAAAACUCCUGAAGGAGCUAGACACGCCCUUUAGACUCUACGGUCUGACCAUGAACCCUUUAAUCUACAACAUCACGCGUGUUGUGAUCCUGUCGGCUGUUUCAGGUGUUAUAAGUGAUCUUCUGGGAUUCAACAUCAGAUUAUGGAAGAUUAAACCAUGAGCUGACCACACACUGCAACUCGGCACUUGCCUUCCCGGCAGAGGGGCAGAGCAGAGAGAAGAGGGACGGUGGCUGGCUGCAGAGUGCUCGCAACCUCUGGCAGAUCUUUCACCAGUAUUUCUUACCUGGAGGUUUGGUUUGUGUCAAAGGGUCACCCACAGCUUAUUUCAUCACCUGCAGAAUAAACAGGUGAAGCCAACCCACAACCCACUACUGAGUGAUGCAGUGAGAUUCAGGGCUGCAAAAUGAACACACUUGAGCCAUCAGUUGCAUAGCAGAUUCAUGCUGUUUACACGAGGAGGGCUGUUUCCCACCAGGAGAGAGGAUAGUUUUGCGAACACUAAUGCAGGACACCAACCUACGGGCCUUAGCAGAACAAGCAAACGUGACUGCAUCCAUGUAUGAUACACCUUAACGCACUCCAGGGGCAGUUCAGCAGCUACCUACCGUCAAUGGGGUACACGUAUACACCUUCAUGGCAGUAGGUUGGAGGAGGUGGGUCAAGCCCAUCUGGUAAGUCUUAAAGCUUUCCACUUCACAGUGCCUUACUCUAUAGACAUGCCUGCCUCAGAAGGGUAAGGCCCAAAUCCUUAGUGACAAAACCGAAGGGCAGGCUGAUGGGCA